AUGGGGCUCUCUCUUUUGCAAGAGCGUGGGAGAACGACCUCGAAGUGGAUGUGGGCUCGGUUGGCCUGUGCGAUCGAUUACCGGCGGUUGUACCUGCUCCGCUGGCGCGCUUAUCAGCGGCUCCAGAAAAACGACGUUGUGCCCCCCCCCCCCGAGAGUCCGAAUGCACUCGGAGUUUAA